AUGCUCAGUGUAGGUGACGGUAUCACGGAUAACAUUCUCAAGGAAAACCUUAAGGACACCGCGUGUCUCCUCGUAGAUGAGACCAGAGAUACGUUUGACACCACCUCUGCGAGCCAAACGGCGAAUAGCGGGCUUGGUGAUACCCUGGAUGCUAUCUCUGAGCACCUUCCUCGCUCUCUCUCUCUCUCUCUCUCUCUCUCUCUCUGUCUGUCUGUCUGUCUGUCUGUCUGUCUGUCUGAGUGGGUACAAUUAUCUUUGAACCCUAAUGUAUGUCUCUCUCUCUCUCUCUCUCUCUCUCUCUCUCUCUAUCUAUCUAUCUAUCUAUCUAUCUUUUAUACAGCAAUAUGCCAAUGGUUAAGUUUUAAGAAGUAUAUACAUUUAUCUUUGAAUUCUUAUGCAUUUUUCUCUCUCUUGCCCUCCCCUCUUUCCUUCUCUCUCAUACAGCAAUAUGCCAAUGUUUAA